AUGGCAUCUCUCUCGGUCCUCUGGAUAGCAAUGGCUAUCAUUGCGCUCGGCCAGGCAGCUCCGACCCUCAACUUCCCCAUCAAUGCUCAGGUGCCGCCGGUCGCAAGGAUAGCGCAGCAAUUCUCCUUUGUCUUCUCGCCGAUAACCUUCACCUCCCAGUCGGCAAUCACCUAUACUCUCUCCAACCCUCCGAACUGGCUCUCCAUCGACAGCAGCGGUCGGCGACUCUAUGGCACGCCGCAGGAUGGCGAUGUCGCCCAAGGCGAGGUCGUGGGAGUGCCCAUAGAACUGGUGGCGACCGACAACUCUGGCUCUACGACGAUGAGCUCGACUCUGGUCGUGUGCAGGAACGCAGGACCACAGAUCCAGGUGCCCUUGUCUGAGCAGAUUUCUAGCUUUGGGAACACUUCAAGCCCGUCCUCCAUCAUCUCGUACCCCGACAGGCCAUUUUCCUUUGCCUUCGCAAAGAACACCUUCUCAAAGCCAGAUUUGAACUACUAUGCGGUAUCGGGUGACAAUGCGCCCCUGCCCUCGUGGAUCACCUUUGAUGUCAGCAACCUCGCAUUCAAGGGAACGACGCCGCCGCUGAGCUCGUUGGUAGAGCCUCCGCAGACGUUUGGAUUUCAGCUGGUCGCAUCCGAUAUCGUUGGAUUUGCAGGCGUCGCCAUUCCUUUCUCAAUUGUCGUCGGUAAUCGUGAGAUAUCGACCGGCAGUAGCACGCUGGUGCAGCUCAAUGCGACGGCUGGAGCUCCACUUACGUAUACGGGCCUUCAGCAGAAUGUCAAGAUCGAUGGCAAGAUUGCAACCUCCGCGGAUAUCGCCUCUAUUGAGACGCCGGGCAUUCCAAGCUGGCUGUCCUUCGACAAGAGCAGUUGGGUGAUUAGUGGCACACCUCCCGCCGGUGCGACAGACACUUCGUUUGCCAUCAUCUUCUCGGACACGUAUUCCAACACCCUCAACGUGACGGUAGAGGUCGCGAUGAUCAGCGACCUCUUUCUCGAUGCCCUACCCGGUAUCAGCAUUGAGCCCGGAAAAUCGUUCACCUACAACAUCGGUACGCACCUGCGCCAACCGUCAGAUGUUGAUGUCACUGUACAGAGUGAGCCGUCGCAGGACUGGAUCAAGUUUGACGCCAAGUCCAUGACAUUAUCUGGCGAUGCCCCGAGCUCUCUCCAACUUUCUCAGAUCAAGGUCUCUGUGCAGGCGAAAUCCAAAAGCUCGAGCCAGACUGGAACAGAGACCUUGACCAUGCAAGUUGUAGGCAGCACCCGGACCUCUUCCACUGCGACCGCCACCCCAACUAGCUCCGCAACAUCAGGCACAAGCAGCUCGUCUUCUUCACCGACUUCAGAGCCGUCUCAAGACAAAGGGUCAAAGUCGACGAGUACGCGCACCAUUCUUCUGGCAGUGCUCAUCCCCCUUCUCUUACUACUGCUUGCCCUGAUAGCCAUCCUCCUUUGUCUUUGCCGCAGACGCCGACAAAAGCAGAAGCAGGCCGUGGAGCGAAAGGAUAUUUCUGGUCCGGUCCCUGGCAGCUUCGUGUACACGAGUGGCAGUAGUGAGGCCGCUUCGUCUAUGCACGAAGUGAACCGCCAUUAUGACCUCGGAAGGCAGGGACCUGGAGCUGAUACAACCGGUCUAGCCAUCUCAACGGGGCCCAACAAUCUCAGAAGGUCGCUGUCUCACCAGGACAUACCGCCUGUACCACCACUGCCCAUAGGCACCGCAAGGUCGGCCACUAUGCGCUCCUUCAGUGAAGGCAACAUAUCCGAGCGGGGAUCUUGGGCUACUACAGCUGUGAUGCCUCAAUCACUGUCGCGGGCGCAGAGAACACAGUCAAGAAGUGAGCUCUCUGACAUGAGCCUCUACGAGGACAUGUCAGACGCCAACUCGAUGAUCUUGCUCGGCAAUGGCUCGCGAGAUACUUCCUUCCGAGAUGGGCUUGAGGUCAAUGUCCCGGUCAUGGAGCCGGCAACGUCAAGCAUACAGCACACCCCGGACAUGGCGUACGGAGACAGCCCAGCUCCUCUGUCUCUUAAGAGUGUGGGGGCUCGUCACGAGAACUCGCCUUUUGCCUCGUCAGAAGCACUACCCACUCGGCCAGCCUCAAGGCUUGGACCACAGGGACCCCGCGACCUUGAGCAGCAGCCUCCGCCGAAACCGUGGAUGAAGGGACACGCGGCAAAGCUCAUGAGCAAUCUCAAGCACAGCAAGCUAGCCAACGCAACAACCGUCGAUACCUUUGCCGAUAAGACGGCAGGUCGCAACGGCGACGAGCAGGACAGCAUACUCGCCAGGCCCCGCCCGCUCCGCAUCGUGGACAAGAGCACGAUCUCUCGGCCUGUCAGCCGGCGCGGCGAAGGCGACGUCGGUGGCUUCUUUGGCGGUUCUCAGAGGCACCGCCCCCAGCACGGGCCCUACAGCGGCCAGCUGCCUCCUCCGCCAGAGGACGAGGUGCCAGAGAUCCCGCCACUGAGCACGGCGAGACUCAGCAGGCAAAGGCUGGCCAGGGGCGACACGAUGGCCACCACAACCACCGAUUCCCUCAGCGUCCCCGUGACUCGCAGAAACCCUUUUGACAUCAGCUACGAGGACCUGGUCAGCAACUCGCCUUUCCACCCGUCGCGGACGUGGACGACGGUCGCGUCGGGCGAAGAGAUGGGCAGCGCGAGAGACGGGACGAGCGGCGGGUCCGCGUCGGAGCCGAACUGGACGGUGGUGGUGGAGAGCCCCACGGCGACCGCGCUGAUGAGUGCCAGCGGCACCGGGAGCGACGAGAGUGGCCGGCCGUUCGGCGGGUCUCAGGGGUCUGGCAAGUGGAUGGCGUCCGGGAGGGCGCCGCUGGCCGAGGUGCAGGUGACGUCGCCGCGGACCAUGAGCAGCAGCGUUGGCGGCUCAGGCAAGCCGGGCUCACGGCACUCGAGGCCGAGCAACAAUAACAUGCUGGGAGACGACGAAGGAUACCACGAGAACGAGUACUUGGAGAAGCUGGCGUCUAGCCGGAGCGGGUCGAUCGACCGUCUCAGCGAGGAGGACGAGGAUUUUGCAGUUUACAUAUGA